AUGCAGGUAGGUACACUUGGUGCAGUCCUACAUUUACUAGGGCGUCGUGUACCGAACUUCAAUAAAGUCGAUAUGUAUAAAGAGGAACUAGAUAAAUUUUAUGGAGGGCAGUUGACUGUACUGCAAUUAAAUGGACUGCGCUGGAUCUCGCGGUACACCCGCCAUCAAGAUUCACUAACACCUCUUCAACGAGAAAAAAACAUAGCGAGUAGAUGUGGUAUUCAGAAUUCGGCUACUACUGCAGCGGUGUUAAAAGCAUUAUUGAAGGAAGACUACGAUGCACUGUUCAAAAUCCACCGUUUAGUAAAUCUGGACUACUUCAAUUAUCCCCGCAUGGCGUCCUAUCUGAAAGAUGACCACAUAUUUUAGGAAUCUGUCGUAGAAAAAAUGUUGACCAUCCUGGCCUAUUGUGUGGCUAUAGGAUCACUGUCUACAAAAGCACCAUUCAUAGCCGCACUUUGCGGUCUCGAGGAUGACCUCAUUUGUGGAACCUACAUCAAAGCUCUGCUUUCAUCUACCAAGUAUCUCCUCGCACAGGAAGAGGAUAGGGGCCUAUUAUUAACUAUUAUUAAGUUACUUUCAUGUAUUGCUGAAUGUUUAUGUGCAUAUAAAUAUGUAGCUUAUUGAUGGAUAGUGUUUUAUGUUUGUAUUUGUUUAUUUUUUAGGACUGUAUAUCAUUAAUCGAUGUAUUGGAUGUAAAGCUUUUUUUUCUGUUAUUUU